UCUAUGUCACAAGUGCCGUUUCAACCACUACAAAUUGAACAAUGGCAACUAAUGCCUCGUAGGACGCGCGCUCAGAUGUAUAGCAGUCUUUCAAUUUGGCACAUGCGUUCUAAUUCUCUUUGCGAGCAAAGCGUGGAUGCAAUCGACGGAACGGGUCAUUACUCGAUACAUAGCGGUUUUUACUGCCCCACAGCUAUCCCGACACGGUGACUGAGUCGGGAUAUGGCGCCCCUCGGGACCUGAAGCGCCACACUCGGCACAGCGACAGGCGCGGAUGCGGCCUCCACAUCGACGGGCAUGGUGUUCAUCAUCAUAGAGCCCUCACGUAGAGUUUUUGUCAGCAUAGCAUCCCCUAUUGUUGCGAGCCUAGGUGCCGAGUAGGCAGUUUACUUGGAACGAGCCCGCAUUUUUCUGCGCUUGCGACGGAGUCUGCGAGACCUCUUCUUCUUCCACUUCUCUCUCAUACUGC